GCCAAGUCGGACGUCGUCAGGGGUACAGGCAGUCUUGUUAAUCGUCGAGGACGUCGAAGUCGAGUGUCAAGCCGUUUCAACUUACAGUAGGUUUGGAGCAGCUACACCUGGACCGGCUAUCAGCGUUUCCCGGGGCGCUUAUCCUUCCUCUUUACCAAAUUCACACAGCUUGCUCUUGACAUCCGACGCUCACCGUCCUGCACAACGGUCUUCUCCUUCUCCUCCUCGUCGUUCUUUCUUUCUUUCUCCUUCUAGUCAUGCCUUCACCACCAAAACCUUGGGAACGAGCAGGUGUAUCUGCAGCUGCCGUUUCAUCUUCCCCAUCAAUCCCGACAACGACCGCAAGCGCACCGACGGCAUCCACAAACUCCGCACCAUCGGCACCCUCAUCGACUCAAGCUUCAUCUUCUCUACCUUCUAUCCCGGCAAGACCAGCAACUCUAGCAGGCCCUAGUACUCUACCUACAGCUGGAACUUCAACCGCCAUGAACGGCACCUACAACUCCCCAUACUCGUCCUAUAACCGAUUCGGCUCCAGCUAUUCUCCAUAUGGGGGUGGUAUUGGUGGCAUUGGUGGCAUGAAUAGCAUGUAUGGCGGCGGCGGUAUGGGUUAUGGCGGCGGAUAUGGUAGCUACGGUUCAUACGGGGGAAUGGGUGGUGGAAUGUACGGUGGAAUGGGUGGUAUGCCAGGCAUGGGAUACGGUUACGGAGCACCACCGGGUCCGUUCGAUCCUAUGAACCCAAGUCUCUCACAAACCCUCGAAGGAGCCACUCAACAUACUUUUGCGCUUCUGCAUAGUAUUGUGCAAACCUUCAGUGGAGUCGCGCAGAUGCUGGAAAGUACAUUCAUGGCGACACAUUCGAGUUUCUUCGCGAUGGUGGGUGUUGUUGAUCAGUUUGGGCAGUUGAGGAAUGCUCUGGGGAGUGUGCUCGGGCUGUUUGGGUUGGUUAGGUGGAUGAAAGAUACGCUUACUGGCCGGCCAAGUGGAGCAGGAUCUAUGAGGGGUGAAUUCAGAGAGUUCGUCAAUGGUCGACCUAUCCAAGGUCCCCUCGGUCCACAACAACCAAAAGCCAGCAAGAAGCCUCUUAUUAUCUUCCUGCUCGCCAUCUUCGGGAUCCCCUAUGCCAUGCACAAACUUAUGAAAAUCCUAACAGAGCGACAAGCUCAGAUGGCUGCCGGUGUGGGGGGAAUGGGGGCAGGAUUGCCGCCUUUGGACCCUUCGCAGUUGACUUUUGCCAGGGCUCUGUAUCCAUUUGAUGCCAGCUCUCCAGCAGAGUUAAGCCUGAAGGAGAAUGAGAUUGUGGCGAUCAUGGGGAAAUUGGAUCCUGCUACAGGGGCUGAAGUUGACCCUCGGUUAGAGGUCGAGAGUGAGUGGUGGAAAGGCCGUACAAGAGAAGGUCGGGAGGGCUGGUUCCCAAAGAAAUGGGUUCAAGUUCUGGAACGACGGAAACCGAUAGAGAACGGGGAGGCAAAGAAGGUUGACUGAUAGCAAUGAUCUUCAAUUGUUCUCUGUUUUCGACCGCUCUAUGUGUGUCAUUUUUCAAGUUCUUUGGUUUUCUCUUGUUGGUGUUCAGCUUUUACACUAUGUAGUUAGUAGUAUCUUUUUUCGUCUGCUUUUGAUAUCCCGUGUUUUCUGUGUUGUACUUUCCUUGGUUGUGGAUUAUAUCCUGUUUAUGGCGUUUCGCUCAACUUCACGAUGAAGUUCACCCGGCAUACCAAUAAGCAUCGUUGAAAUGGCAUCAUGAGUCCUUUGUUAAACUACGAGACUAUCGAGUCGAUUGGUUGACGCUUUGCUACAUAUUGUACACUAUGUUCAGUAAAGAUAUCGAUACAGCGGAAGAAUUGGGAUUGAGGUGUUGAAUGGCUGGAAAGCGGGCUAGAG